GCGGUGGCACUGUGAUCACAUGACUGGCCGGUGAGGCCGGGCCCGGCGGAGGUGUGUGUUGCCGUCGCUCUGCAUGGCCAACGUCGCUAAGAAGGUAUCCUGGUCCGGCCGCGACCGCGAUGAGGACGACUACGAUGAGGACGGGCGAGCGGGAGAGACCACCCCGCUGCUCAACGGCACCGGCCCCGGCGCGGCGGCGGGCAGCCGGCAGCUCACUCCUUCCUCCUUCCUGCGCAUUGGGCAGCUGAGCAAUGUGGACCUCAAUGAGGAUGUCCAUGAGCUGGAGACUGAGCUCCCUCGGCAGCGUCCCAACGAGAUCCCCCACAACGAGAAGCUCCUGUCACUCAAGUACGAGAGCUUGGACUAUGACAACAGUGAAAAUCAGCUGUUCCUGGAGGAGGAGAGGAGGAUAAACCACACAGCUUUCCGGACAGUGGAGAUUAAGCGCUGGGUCAUCUGUGCCAUGAUCGGCAUCCUCACUGGCCUCGUCGCCUGCUUCAUCGACAUCGUAGUGGAGAACCUGGCUGGACUGAAGUACCGGGUGGUGAAGGGCAACAUUGACAAGUUCACAGAGAAAGGGGGCCUGUCUUUCUCCCUGCUACUCUGGGCCACCCUGAAUGCCAGUGUGGUGAUGGUGGGCUCCGUGAUCGUUGCUUUCAUAGAGCCCGUCGCAGCUGGCAGCGGCAUUCCCCAGAUCAAAUGCUAUCUCAAUGGUGUGAAGAUCCCACACGUUGUCCGCCUCAAGACCUUGGUGAUCAAAGUCUGUGGAGUCAUCCUCUCGGUGGUUGGCGGCCUGGCUGUUGGGAAGGAAGGACCCAUGAUUCACUCUGGAGCAGUGAUUGCUGCUGGGAUCUCCCAGGGAAGAUCCACGUCUUUAAAGCGAGACUUCAAGAUCUUCGAGUACUUCCGCAGAGACACAGAGAAGAGGGACUUUGUCUCAGCUGGAGCUGCUGCUGGUGUCUCAGCUGCAUUUGGUGCCCCCGUGGGCGGUGUCCUCUUCAGCUUGGAGGAAGGGGCUUCCUUCUGGAACCAGUUCUUGACAUGGAGAAUUUUCUUUGCCUCCAUGAUCUCCACGUUCACUCUGAACUCUGUCCUGAGUGUUUACCAUGGCAAUGCCUGGGAUCUCUCCAGCCCCGGGCUCAUCAACUUUGGCAGGUUUGAUAACGAGAAAAUGGGAUACACAAUCCAGGAAAUUCCUAUCUUCAUCUUUAUGGGAGUGGUUGGUGGGAUCCUCGGGGCCCUGUUCAAUGCCCUCAAUUACUGGUUAACGAUGUUCCGGAUCAGGUACAUCCACCGGCCCUGCCUCCAGGUGGUUGAGGCCAUGCUGGUGGCAGCAGUGACAGCAACUGUGGGGUUUGUCAUGAUUUACUGCUCAAGAGACUGCCAGCCUAUCCAGGGGAGCACAGUGGCAUACCCACUGCAGCUUUUCUGUGCUGAUGGAGAGUACAACUCCAUGGCCACUGCCUUCUUCAACACACCUGAGAAGAGUGUUGUCAACCUCUUCCAUGAUGCUCCAGGUUCCUACAACCCCAUGACACUGGGCAUGUUCACACUAAUGUAUUUCUUCCUGGCCUGCUGGACCUAUGGCCUCACGGUGUCUGCAGGGGUCUUCAUCCCCUCUCUGCUGAUCGGUGCUGCCUGGGGAAGGCUUUUUGGCAUCUCCCUGUCCUACCUGACCAAAGGCCCGAUCUGGGCUGACCCUGGGAAAUACGCCCUGAUGGGAGCUGCUGCACAGCUGGGUGGGAUAGUGCGGAUGACGCUGAGUCUCACAGUCAUCAUGAUGGAGGCAACAGGCAAUGUCACCUAUGGCUUCCCCAUCAUGCUGGUGCUGAUGACAGCAAAGAUUGUGGGAGACUACUUUGUGGAGGGGCUCUAUGACAUGCACAUCCAGCUGCAGAGUGUGCCCUUCCUGCACUGGGAGGCCCCGGUGACGUCCCACUCCCUCACAGCCAGGGAGGUCAUGAGCGCGCCCGUCACCUGCCUGCGGAGGAUCGAGAGGGUGGGCACGGUUGUGGACAUCCUCAGCGACACCUCCUCCAACCACAACGGCUUCCCGGUGGUGGAGAGCAACCCUGGCACCACGCAGGUGGCAGGACUGCGGGGUUUGAUCCUACGUUCCCAGCUCAUCGUCCUGCUGAAGCACAAGGUUUUUGUGGAAAGGGCCAACCUUAGCCUGGUGCAGCGGCGGCUGAAGCUGAAGGAUUUCCGGGAUGCCUAUCCCCGCUUCCCCCCCAUCCAGUCCAUCCACGUGUCCCAGGACGAGCGCGAGUGCAUGAUUGACCUCAGCGAGUUCAUGAACCCCUCGCCCUAUACUGUGCCCCAGGAGGCGUCUCUGCCACGGGUGUUCAAGCUCUUCCGAGCCCUGGGCCUACGUCACUUGGUGGUUGUGAACAACCGCAAUGAGGUGGUGGGCAUGGUCACCCGCAAGGACCUCGCCAGGUACCGGCUGGGCAAGGAAGGCUUGGAGGAGCUCUCACUGGCACAGACGUGAUGUGAGGUGGCUCUGCCCAGCGGAGGGAGACUCGACCCAGCCCCUCAGAGCUGGGGCCCCCCUUUUGUGGGAGGAAGGGAGAGGCCUGGGCCAGCCUGUGCAGGCAUUGUGGUGCCUGGAGCACCGGCACAGCUGUGCUGCCCCAGCUCUCCUGCCCAUUGCUGCCUUCCCACGUCUACUGCCUCCUCUUCUCACCCUUUCCUCUGCUUCCCUGAGGGGUCGAAACGCACCCUUGGCUCCAUUAGCUGCUGGCAUAGGCUUUCUCUGAGGGUUGGGUGAAGGCUGGAGCGUGCCAGGGGAGUGGAAGUGUCCUGAGCUGGGCAUAACCCUCUGCACAGCACAUGGCCUCCAUUGCCUUGCCUACCCAGCCCAGGCUGUCUGGGACCUAGCCCUGCCCUAGCCCCUGCCACAGGGCCUGUAUGGGGAGCAGGGGGACAUGGUGGGGUCUAUCCUGUUUCCAGGGCUGUGUCCUGCUUCCCCAUGCUGCCGCUGGUGGGGUUGAGCUGAGCCAUGGGGCAGGUGCUUGUGUCUCUGCCCUGCUUAACUGUGCAAUAAAAGGGGCUCAUGUGGUUCAGAGCUGCUCCCUUUUGCUGGUUUUUUUACUCCCUUGGCCAAACUCUGACCCCAACACACAUGUUGGAGAGACACUCCUGGGGCUUGGGCAGGGAUGGGUAGGGAAGAGCUGCCUGCUCUGGGCAGCCUGUGCCCCUUUGCCACUCCUGUCCUCCUCCCACUAUUGCUGCUGUCUCUUGUCUCUGCCCAUGCUGGGGUCCAGAAGCACCCCUGCACAUGUUUCCAGCCCUUACCAGCAGCCUGGGCCAGGCUAGGCACCCCAAAGCCCACCACCAGCUCUCGAUCGGGCCAGGUGCUGGAAGCACUCCCCUGGGUGCUGAGGAGGGCUCCAGCCCUGGCACCUCAGCUCCCCUAUCUCCCACCAUUGUACUCCUCACCUUGGCAUUGCACCCUGCAUCCUCCUCACUCGGGCAAAGGCAACCUGGUGCCUGGAGGGGCUUUCGACUGUGGGAUACUGUGCUGAAAUAAAGUCUGUUUGUACUUUUA